AUGGAAUCGGCAGCAACUAAGAAGCCCUGUAUUAGAUGUACUAAAAGUGGAGGAAUUAUCACAUGUGGUGGUUGUCAACAAUGGUUCUGUACAAGACAUCUGCUUGAACAUCGAGAAGAACUUUCCGUACAGAUGGAUCAAGUCGGUCAAGAACAUGAUCUUCUACAACGUGACCUGAUUUCAGAGAAGAGCAUACAUCCACUUGUAACUCUCAUCAAUAAAUGGGAAAAAACUUCAAUUGAAAAUAUUCGAGUCGCUGCACAAGAUGCUCGAGAUGAUCUACAGAAAUAUCUUGACCGUACCAAUAUUCAAGUGAAGACAACACUCUUGUCAAUAAAUAAAGAAUUAAAAGUCAGUCGUGAAUCUGAUGAUUAUACAGAGUUAGAUUUGAUCAGAUGGAUGCAACAAUUGGCAGAACUUCGAGAGAUACUCGAGAAACCAUCCACUAUCGAUUUUGUUGAUGAUGAUCGGACGCAGCCUUUGAUUCAUCGAAUUCAAAUGAAACAACGCGAGGCAACACAUACACUAGUUAGAAGAUCGGAAAAAGCUCUCAUUCGAACAAAUGCAAUGCUAUCUCUUGUAAAUAUUCCUCACAAUGCCAAUUGGGAAUCCAAUGGAAUCACCGUCGCUGGUGGCAACAGAAAAGGUCCUUUAUCAAAUCGACUUUCUCAACCUAUUGGUCUUUAUGUAGAUGAUGAUCAAACGAUUUAUAUAGCGGACUAUGGCAAUCACAGUAUUGUAGAAUGGAAAUGUAAUGCAACAAGUGGGAAAGUGGUGGCUGGCGGCAAUGGGCCAGGAAAUGGAAUUAAUCGAUUAAAUAAUCCAACCGACGUGAUUGUUGACAAUGAGACAAAUAGUCUUAUCAUUUGUGAUAAGGGAAAUCGGCGAAUUAUGCAAUGGUUUCGUCGCAGUGGUACAAGUGGGCAAUCAAUUAUCGAGAAUAUUCACUGUAGCAGAUUGGUGAUGGAUGACCAGAGGUUUCUGUAUGUCACGGACAAUAAAGAGAAUGCAGUUCUACGAUAUCGAAUGGGAGAAAAACAUGGACAAGUGGUGGUAGGUGGCAAUGGACGUGGUGAUGGUCUAAAUCAACUGAAUGGUCCUACAGGCAUCUUUGUAGAUCAAGACUAUUCUGUGUACGUAUUGGAUUGGGGAAAUAAUUGUGUGGUAAAAUGGAUGAAUGCUGCUAAAGAAGGGAUUGUCGUAGCUGGCGGUCAAAACGAAGGAAAUGAUAUAGCGCGAUUGUCUCGUCCACAGGGAGUGAUUGUUGAUGCAUCAGAUACAGUCUAUGUGGCAGACGGAUGGAAUAAUCGAAUAAUGUGCUGGUGUAAAGGAGCUACAGAAGGAAACAUCAUUGCUGGUGGAAAUGGUCGAGGAGAUAAGGCAAACCAGUUGCAUGAUGUCAUGGGCUUAUCAUUUGAUCGAGAUGGAAAUAUCUAUGUUGUCGAUCAAAAGAAUUAUCGAAUACAAAGAUUCAAUAUCAGAAUAAAUCGAGCUUGA